AUGUCUGAGGUGUGCGGGAAACGGAUAUGGGAGCCACUGAAGCGGGAGGCCGCGGCCCCGACAAUCGAGACAACCACCCGCAAAUCAAAAGUUGCGAGAAAAGAUGCUGCCGAAAUCUAUACGAAUUUUACGAGUUUCGGUAGCUCAACGUUGCCUUACGUGAAGGUCACCAUUGAAGGCGAGCUGUUAGCAUUAGUAGAUUCGGGUUCAAGUGUCGACUUUUUACGUCAAUUCGGUAUGAAUAUUAAUUUUUCUGCCGGAAUGUGGAGCUUCGAUGCGGAGCUCGAGCAGUGGUAUAAAUUCGAGGAGCGUGAGGGGUCGUGGGACUACGCAUGUAGUGGAUUGCCCGAGCUCACUUCAGAUCAGGUGCGUAGGUUAGAAGCAUUUUUGAAGAAACGGUUGCCGGUCAAGUUCGAAGGCGUUGGAGUCACCUCCCUAGCCGAGCAUCGAAUAAAUAUAGGACAGCAUGCGCCUAUACGUCAGCGCUGCUAUUUGGUCUCUUCCAAGGUGCAGGAAGCCAUUAGGUCAAAGGUAGAUGAGAUGUUAGCUGCCGGGGUCAUCGAACCUUCUAACAGCGAAUGGUCGAACCCCAUUAUUAUGGUAAAGAAACCAAACGGGAAAUAUCGAUUCUGCCUCGAUUUUAGGAAAGUAAAUGAAAUCUCAAAAACGGACGCUUAUCUAAUCCCCAACAUGAUCGGGAUUCUAGAUAAGUUACUGGCAGCGCGUUAUAUUUUGACGCUAGAUCUCAGCCAGGCCUAUUUUCAAAUUCCGUUAGCGGAGGAUAGUCGGGAGGUCACAGCUUUUCGCGUCCCUGGAAAGAGACUGUUCCACUUCAAACGGAUGCCGUAUAGUCUCACCGGCGCUCCUGCUACUUUCCAACCGGCUCUAGUCCUGGAGAAUCAACACGAAGAAGAAAACGAUGACGACGGAUUCAGCGACGAGAGCGAAGACGAACGAGACGAAGAUGGUGCUGGUGAUGGCAGGACAAACGAAGUACAUAAUCGACCGAAAUUUGUGCCGACUUUCAAAUAUGUUAAAGAGUCGAUUGACAUUUUCAAUGGUGAUGAGGAAAAAAAUGUGAAACUACGGAUCCAGAAAUUUGAAGAUAUAGCAAAAUUGU